ACUGUCAAGACUAACUUUUGUGUCUGUUUCUCUUUAUUACUACAGGCUGACUCAGAUUAAGUCUGAAGCCGGUAACAUCAACAGUGAGGACAAACCCAGCCUUCCUCUCUCCUUCCACACUGAGUUCAAACCUACAGUCACUGGGUCCUGAUUGUGACAGUGGAGCCCAGUUUGCACUGCAGGAUCCAGAGAUGGCAUCAGUGAAGCUGGAAGACUGCAGUCAAACAGUGGAGCUGAAUGUCAACAUUAAAGAUGAAGAAGAGGACGAGAAGAUUGGGAAAUCUGUUUCUCAUGGCCGACUCAGAUUAAGUCUGAGGCCUGUAACAUCAACAGUGAGGACAAGCCCAGGCUGCCUCUCUCCUUCCACACUGAGUCCAAACCUAAAACCUACAGUCACUGGGUACUGAUAGUGACAGUGGAGCCCAGUUUGCACUGCAGGAUCCAGAGAUGGCAUCAGUGAAGUUGGAAGACUGCAGUCAAGCACUGGAGCUGAAUGUCAACAUUAAAGAUGAAGAAGAGAAGAUUGGGGAAUCUGUUUCUCAUGGUCACGUUGAGACGUCCUCUACAUCCAGAGAGCAGAAGCAGGAAGAUCACAGAGCGAAGAGGUUUCACCACUGCCCACAUUGUGAGGAGAUUUUCCCAUAUAUAUCAAAGCUAAAAAUACACCUAAAAACACACACAGGAGAGAAUCUAUAUUCCUGUACUGACUGUGGGAAAAGAUUCACAACAUCACAUUCUCUGACAGUUCAUCAGAGAGUGCACACAGGUGAGAAGCCUUACUCCUGCUCUGCCUGUGGGGGGAGAUUCUCUCGAAGGAGCCACUUAAAGAGACACCAACAUAUACACACAGGAGAGAAGCCUUACUCUUGCUCUGACUGUGGAAAAUGCUUCGCAACAUCAUCUGACCUAACAGUUCACCAGAGAACACACACAGGAGAGAAGCCUUUUUCCUGCUCUGACUGUGGGGGGAGAUUCUCUCAACUGAGCAGUUUAAAAAAACACCAACAUAUACACACAGGAGAGAAGCCUUACUUCUGCUCUGAUUGUGGGAAGAGUUUCUCCCUAUUGGAUACCUUAAAAGCACAUGCACGUAUACAUACAGGAGAAAAGCCUUACUCUUGCUCUGACUGUGGGAAGAGGUUCUCUCAACGGAGCAACUUAAAAAUACACCAACGUUUACAUACAGGAGAAAAGCCUUAUUCCUGCUCGGACUGUGAAAAGAGUUUCUCCCAAUUGGAUAAGUUAAAUAGUCACCAGCGAAUACAUACAGGGGAGAAGCCUUACUUCUGCUCUGACUGUGGGACUUGUUUCAGCCAAAUUGAUACGUUAAAAUGUCACCAGCGAAUACAUACAGGAGAGAAGCCUUACUCUUGCUCUGACUGUGGGCAGAGUUUCUCUCAACACAGCAGCUUAAAGAAACACCAACGUAUACACACAGGAGAGAAGCCUUACUCCUGCUCUGAAUGUGGGUCGAGUUUCUCUCUACAGGACAGCUUGAAAUCACACCAACGUAUACACACAGGAGAGAAGCCUUACUUCUGCUCUGACUGUGGAAAGAAUUUCUCUCGACACAGCAGCUUAAAGAAACACCAGCGUAUACACACAGGAGAGAAGCCUUACAUCUGCUUUGAAUGUGGGAAGAGUUUUACAACAUCAAGUGCUCUGACAGUUCAUCAGAGAGUGCACACAGGAGAGAAGCCAUACUCCUGCGCUGACUGUGGGGGAAGUUACUCUCGACUGGGAAACUUAGAGACACACCAUCGUACACAUACGGGAGAGAAGCCUUACUCUUGUUCUGACUGUGGUAAAUGCUUCACAACAUCAAGUGCUCUGACUGUUCAUCAGAAAACACACACAGGAGAGAAGCACACCAACGGAUACACACAAGCCAAGAGUUUUGCAGAUUGAAAUCUUAUGUUUUUGGUGGAUUGACAAUGGACCCGUUUUAAAGUAUCCUUUUUUUGGUAACAGUUCUCUCAAACCAGCUAUGGUUAAAGUCACUCCAUCACUUAAUUCUCAUUAAAGAAGUGGUAAGUGAAUUGGAUCAAAUGAAGAAAGCGUAGAACACUGUAUUGUAAUCCUGUUGUUUCUCACUGGGAGAGAACUGUGCAGAGGAAAAAGGAGCAUUACAGAAUGUUAGCCUCUUUACUGAUCAGUGUGCAUCUUGUCAGUUUUGGUGUUUUGUUAGCGUCUACUGCAAAGAUAUUGAGAUGACCUUGGGUUGGCCCUUAGUGUUGAAUAUCCUCUUAGGUUUCUCUUGUUGAAACAAUGGAGUCUGAUGGUUGACUGGAUAGUACUGCUUCCUUCUGUAGUUUUCUGUGGGAAUGAGCAAUUACACACAGCAUGUAUGAGAUAGAGAUGGUGUGAUGAUCAGUUUUCAGCAUAUAUAUAUGAAGAAGUGUCAAUAGAAAAACUAUUAAAAAUAAAUUGAAUGCAGCUACUUCGCUGUUAUUCUAGCUACACGGUUUCACGUGACUGUUAGCCGUAGUUGGCUAGCAAGCAAGGCAUAACAAACGACUUGGUCGCGUCCAUAGAUACAGAAUAAAAAUACUUUGACUGGAUCAAGUCUCUGGCAACCUAUCCAAUAGAAUGAACGGACAUCUUUUCUCAGACAGUCAAAAUCAUGAAUCGGCGUGGAUAUGGAUAUAUACAAAGAAAUGUUGCUUUCUUCAUUUGUUAGAAAAACGGGUAAAACGGCAUGAAAUGCAGCUAGUUUGCUGUGUUACAGCGUCAGUUUGAAAUGAUUGCGUUUGCUGUGUAGAUGGCUAGCUUCUCAGAGGUGUCCUGACCCGAGAGCACAUUUUCUAUGCCAUGCGAAAUCCAAAACAGCUUAU